AUGACCGAGGCGGCGCUGGUGGAGGGCCAGUGGAAGAGUAGGUGGCUCGUACUGCGCAAGCCGUCGCCGGUGGCAGAUUGCCUGCUCAUGCUGGCCUACAAGGACAAGUCUGACCGUGCCAAGGGCCUCCGGGAGCGCAGCAGCCUGACCCUGGAGGACAUCUGUGGCCUGGAGACUGGCCUGCCCUAUGAGGGUCUGGUCCACACGCUGGCCAUCGUCUGCCUGUCCCAGGCUGUCAUGCUGGGCUUCGACAGCCGCCAGGCCAUGUGCGCCUGGGAUGCCCGCAUCCGCUAUGCGCUUGGUGAGGUGCACAGGUUCCAUGUGACAGUGGCUCCCGGCACCAAGCUGGAGAGCGGCCCGGCCACCCUCCACCUCUGCAAUGACGUCCUGGUCCUGGCCAGGGACAUCCCUCCGGCCGUUGUGGGGCAGUGGAAGCUGCCUGACCUCCGGCGCUACGGGGCUGUGCCGAGUGGAUUCAUCUUCGAAGGCGGGACCAGGUGUGGCUACUGGGCAGGGGUCUUCUUCUUGUCCUCCGCCGAGGGAGAGCAGAUCAGCUUCCUGUUCGACUGCAUCGUCAGAGGCAUCUCCCCAACCAAGGGCCCCUUCGGGCUGCGGCCAGCCCUCCCAGACCCGGGCCCCGGGGGCUCCUCAACCUUGGAGGAGCGAGCGGCCCAAGAAGCCCUUGAGGCCCUGCAGCUGGAGAAGCGGCUGAGCAUGCUCUCGCAUUCCGGCCGGCCGGGCAGCGGAGGGGACGACCGCAGCCUGUCCAGCUCCUCCUCCGAGGCCAGCCACUCUGACACCAGCGCCAGCAGCAGGCUCACCCCGUGGCCGGAGCAGUCCUCGUCCUUGGCAGGCUCGUCACAGGAGGGGCCGGGGCUGGCGGCUGCCCAGGCCCCCGGGGAGGCCACGCUGGGUGCCUCAAGGCUGCCCCCGAAACCGUUGCGGCCGCGGCAGCUGCAGGAGGUCGGCCGCCAGAGCUCCUCGGACAGCGGCAUCGCCACGGGCAGCCACUCCUCCUACUCGGGCAGCUUCUCGUCCUACGCUGACAGCAGCCUGGACGUGUGGCGGGCGGGCGGCGAAGAGUGCGGCUCGCUGCUCAGCCUGCCGCCGGCCGCAGGGGCUCCUGAGCCCAGCCUGUGUGCCUGCCCACCCGGGGUGGCGGAGUACCAGGUGCCCACCUCUCUGCGGCACCACUAUGACACGCCCCGCAGUCUGCGCCAGGCCCCCCGGGACCCGAGCGCAGCCUCCCAGGGUGGCCCCGACCAUGGCGCGACCACGGACUUGGGCAGUCAGGCGUUGGCCGGGUGUCCUUCCGGCUGGCUGGGCACAAGACGGCGGGGACAGGCGACAGAGGCCCCAGGCAGUGAGGCCACACUGCCCAGCCCAGCCCCCGGCGAGCCCUGGGAAGCAGGCGGGCCCCACCCCGGGCCACCUCCAGCUUUCUUUUCGGCAUGUCCAGUCUGUGGAGGACUCAAGGUAAACCCCCCUCCCUGACCGCAGGGCGGCCCGCGGCUGUGAGGGGCUGGACUUAGCCCCUGGUCAGGAGGAGGCGGAGGGGGCCUCUCUGCAGAGGCAGCGCUCUGACGCGUUUUGAGAAGCCCCUGGACCUGUGGAGAGGGUGGGGUGGGCAGCGUCCCCGCUGUCCUCCCCCAGGAGGGGCUUUGGCUGCCCGUGGAGGGUCCAACUUGGACCGUGUGUUCUAGAAAGCGAGGCUCUGGCGGGGCGGGGCGGGGUCGGCAGAGCCCCCAGGCCCAGCUUCCAGUGAGGAUCGGGCACUGGGGCUUUAGGUGGUGCUGGCGCCCAGUGGCCAGGGCUGCUGCUGAGGACUGACCUCAUCCGGCCCCCUGCUCACUCCUGGAUGACCACUGCUCCCUCCCACUCCGGGUCAUCUCUGCAGUGCACAGACCCUGCUUGUAAAUCGCCCCCCAGCACUGGGGACACCAGUCCCGGGAGCCGUCUCUGCAGGGGAACUUCUCUGGGCACCGUUGGCGUGUGGUCACUUCUCAUAUUUACCUGGCAGCACCCACAGGUGGGCAUGACGUCCCGCCCCGGGGAGGAAACUGACGCUCAGGAGGCUCCUUGGCUUCUGGGGUGUGAGUCUGUGGCCGCCCCCUCUGCUCCCUGGGGCCAGGGCCGGGCUCCGGGCAAAGGCUGCAGGGCAGAGGUGAGUGGAGCCCUGAGUCCUCCAGGCGGCGCAGGCUCUUGAGGUCAGCCUUCCAGAGGGUCCCUUUGAAAGUCCCCAGGGGAAGUGGGGUGUGGCUCAGUGGUAGAGCACCUGCCCGACCUGCAGGGCCCUGGGCACCGCAAAACAAGUCAGCAAACGAGUGGAUAAUUCAACAAGUAUACAUUUAAAAUGAAUUCAGAACGUGGACAAAAGCCCCCUGUGCCCUCUGGCUGGGACCAGGAAGCUGGUGGUCAGGGCUGGGUGGCGGUGCCCCAGGCCGUCUGGGCUCAGUGCUGUGGCUCCUGGUCCCGGCUCCGCUUUCCACGCCAGGCUGCCCGUGCCCGCUGUCCUGGACACCCUGGAGGCUGUGUCCUGCACGUCCGCAGCGGGCUGGACCCUCGGGCAGCUUGCCUGGAAGCCUGGCUCUCACCUCCUCUUCGGCUGACCUGUUGUUGCUCUUCUGCUUUUUUAAACCUGACAC